CUCGCCACCUGUGUACCGCGCCCUGUUCCACGAAGGGAAUCCAGGGCACGGUCCCCGACGAGGGUUACCCCCCGCCGGUUGGCUUUCUGGUGUCUCCUGUCAAGGAGGGAGGGGACAUCCACCCCAUAAUCUAUCUAUCAAUAACAUAUUUUCAAAGUAGGAACUAAUUUAAAAGAAGUGACGUACAAUAUACGUGAAAACGAAAUAUAGAUAACAUUAAAGUUUACGGGCUUGUAUUAAUUGUAUAAAUAUAUUUAAAAAUGUAUUGUAACGGCACAUCCACGAUUGAUUCGGCGCCGAUUCAGGAUGAAAUCGUUAUAUCCGGAAUUUCUGGCAGAUUUUCCGAAUCCGACAACGUCAGACAUUUAAAAGAAAAUCUACUGAAUAAAGUAGAUCUAGGUUCGGACGACUGUCGACGUUGGCAACAUGACCAUCCGGAUAUACCAAAACGCACGGGAAAGGUCAAUAAUAUCGAGAAAUUUGAUGCGGAAUAUUUUGACAUACCCUUCAACCAAGCCCACCUGUUGGAUCCUAUGACUAGAUGUCUUUUGGAACGUACGUACGACGCCAUCGUCGACGCCGGGAUAAAUCCGAAAGAUUUACGCGGCACGAAAACAGGAGUUAUCGUCGGGACAAGUUUUUCCGAAUCGGAGAUUAUGCUUGUUUAUGAAAAGACGCAGGUUACUGAUCAUGGAGGUCUAGAAUGUAGAAGGUCCAUGCAAGCAAAUUGGAUUUCUCACUGGUUAGGUGUCACAGGGCCAUCUUACACGGUUGAUACUGCUUGCAGCUCGACUAUGUACGCUAUGGAGCAAGCAUAUAGAAAUAUAAAAUUUGGACAAUGUGAUAACAUGAUCGUUGCUGCCACAAAUCUCUGCUUAAAUCCUGUAACAUCUUUGCAAUUCAUGCGAUUAGGUGUUUUAUCGUCCGACGGGUUUUGCAAACCUUUCGAUAUUAAUGCGAAUGGUUACAUGCGCAGUGAGGCGAUCAGGGUAGUGUUUUUACAAAAAGCGAAGAAUGCUAAAAGAAUUUACGCAAUUGUAAUUCAUUGCAAGACGAAUUGCGACGGAUUCAAAGAAGAAGGCAUUACCUUCCCAUCGAUAAAAAUGCAAAGUUUUUUAUUACAACAGUUUUACGAUGAAUGCAAUAUAUCGCCGUCUGUUGUUGCCUACGUCGAUGCUCAUGGUACUGGCACGAAAGUUGGCGACCCAAUAGAAAUUAAUUCAAUCGAAAAAGUUUUUUGCAAGGAUAGACAAGGCCCUUUACUAAUUAGUAGCAGCAAGUCAAACACUGGUCAUGCUGAGCCUGCCAGCGGCCUGCUUCAAAUUAUUAAGGUGCUGAUAACAAUGGAAACUGGCAUAAUUCCACCAAACAUAAAUAUCACAAAAGAACGAGAUGAUAUUGAAGCUUUUAAGCGAGGGACUAUACGAGUCGUGACUACUCCAACAAUAUAG